UUUAGAACUAACGGGAUAUUUUUUUUUUUUUCGUUUAUCAAUGAUGAUGAUGGGUAUGCAAGAAAGCAUCAGUUUUGUUUUCAGUAGCAUAGUGAAUUUGUAAACUAUGUGGCUGUUGUAUAUCAACAAAUACGAUAGUAAUAUGAUUGUUUUAAAAAACUUGUGAUUGGUGAUAUCAAGGCAUUUAUUGAUGUCAUGUAAUUUAAUUUUUUUCAUUUUUUAAAAUCAGUUUUAUGUGAGAGUGUUGAGGGAAAUCUAACAAUAGUCUUUGUUGUCUUUAUUAUAAAUUAUCGAGUCAGCAUCUUGACCCUGUGAUAUCAUUUAAAAUAUAUAUUCUUUUUGUUUCAUCUACAUGGUAGAUUUUAAUUUCAAUAAUUUCUCAGUAUCAUUUGAUUAUUAUGAAACAUUAUUCACUCAUUACCAGCACGAUAUUUAUAAUUUUUUAAAUAAAAAUAAAAAACAAAUCUAGUCAACCAGUUUGUGCGAUAAAAUUACACGCGAUUGAAUACUCAAAUUAUGCCAUUUUUAUCAUUAACAAUUAUCUACAAUAAUCUUGAAAUAAAAAUUAAAAAUUAAUCAUUAUUUAUAAAUUAAAUAACAACAAAACAAGGAAAAUUUAAAUUAAAAAAAAAACAUGGAUUUUAUAAAGAAAAAAUUAUUUAAAAGAGAGAAUCAAGUGGCGAUUGAUGAUGACCUAGAAACGUGGACUGAAAAAUGUGAAAGAAAAAAAAGUAUUCAUAUUAUUCAUUUUACAAUGUUUUUAAUGACACUUGGUUUUUCAAUUGUAUUAACUGGUGGUUGGCCUUACUUAAAAAAGUUGGAUCAUCAAGCUGAUAAAAGAUUUUGGAGCUAUGUUGUUGCUGCAAAUCCACUUGGUGCAAUGUUAUUUGCACCACUUAUUGGCUGGUGGGGUAACAUAAGAGGAUCACCAACAUUACCAAUGAUUGUAACACUAUCAUUAUUUGUUAUUUCAUCAAGUUUUUAUAGUUUACUUGAUGUUUUACCAAUUGAUAAUAAAAAAUAUUACAUGAUUGCCACGAGAUUUUUUGUUGGAGUUAGUGCUGCUAAUAUCGCUGUUGCAAGAGCUUAUUUAUCAGCUGCAACAAAAUCAUCUGAAAGAACACAUGCUGUCUCAAUGCUUGCACUUGCUCAGGUUAUUGGCUUUGCAAUUGGACCAGUUAUACAAUCACUUGUCACAGAACUUGGUGAAGAAGGAUAUAAAUUUAUGGGUAUCAGUUUUAAUAUGUACACAACACCAGGAUGGAUCAAUUCAAUGAUGGGAAUAUUUAAUAUUAUAUUAUUUUUACCAUGUUGUUUUAAACAACACAAAAUUGCUGCACGUGAAGCUAUGAAAGAACAAGGAAAAAGCACUGAAAAAGAAGCAUGGAAAGAAUUGAAACCAGAUUCAUGGGCUGCUGUUACACUAAUUGGAGCUAAUUUUGUAUUAGUAUUUAAUUUUGUUCUUUUAGAAACAUUAGCAACAUUGCUGACAAUGGAACAGUUUGCUUGGUCAGCACAAGAAUCAACAAUGUACAUGGGCUGGUUGAUGGGAAUUGGUGCAUUUGUUGCAUGUUUUAUAUUUCUUGGAAUUGAGCCACUUUGUAAAAUAUUUGCUGAAAGAAAAGUUAUGUUAUGGGGUGGUUUUUUCAUGAUGGUAAUUGGUAGAGUAUUAUAUAUACCAUGGGGAACAGAACCACCAAAAAUAGCAUAUAUAAAUUUAACAUUAAUUUCAAAUGAUAAUUAUACUUUACCACCUGGUUGUCCAAGUACACAAGAAUGGUGUUUUACAAUACCACAAAUGACAAUAUUACAAUUUAUAAUUGGUUAUGGUUUUACAACACUUGGUUAUCCAAUUGGUGUAACACUUGCACAAACAAUAUUUAGUAAAAUACUUGGACCACGUCCACAAGGUGUUUGGAUGGGAAUGAUGACUGGUGCUGGUUCAGCAUCACGUGUUAUGGGACCAAUUAUUGUUGAAACAAUUUAUACUAAUUUUGGUACUUAUUAUACUUGGAAUAUUACUGGUGCAACACUUGUUGCUGCAAUGAUUGGUAUUUUAAUUGUUGAUAAACGUUUAAUACCAAAAUUAAAAGAUACUAAAAUUAAUAGUGAUAAUAAUAAUCAUUGUGUUUUAAUAUUUAAUGAAAAAAAUAUUGAAAUGCAACCGUUAAAUCAAAAAAUAACAAAUGAGAUUAAUUAAAUUUAAAAAAUAAAAUAAUUGUUUUUACUUAAUUUUUAAUAAUAAAAAAAUAUACCUACAAUGUUAAAAAUUUUAAAAAUAAAUUAUUUUACAUGUUAAAUAAAUAUUAAUUUGAUAGUAAAA